AUGUUGAGCAUGCUUUGGUGCUGUCGGUACAUUUUGAACGGUCGACCAAGCUUGCAUAAGAUGGUUCACGAGGGACAGUUGCAUUUUCCCGUAACAACACGACUCUUUGUUGUUGCUGCCACUGGCAACAAUACUAAUCACAACGAUGUUGAUGAUACUGAUGGAAACAACAUUUGGGCUCCAUUGAAACGUGCAAGUGGUCAUCUGUGGGAUAUGAUCCUACAGACAAGUAUAGGUCUACACCAUUUCACAUCACACACACAUACACACAAACACAAACACUCAUACACACACACACACACACACACACUCCUGCACACACAUGCAUGCAGACAAUGA